AUGCCCAAACUGCAAGUUGCAAAGCCAAGCCACAUCUUGCCUUUAGAAAGCGAUCACAAGUGCAGAUCCAUAGGAUUUAUUAAGGAAACGAAGUUGGGGUCAUAUAAGCAGUACCACAGAAGACUGCAGUCCUGGAAAUGUGCCUGUGGACUAUUUACAGUGAGAUUAUAAAACUGAAUCAUAAUUUUGGAGAAAAGAAGCCAGAGUAUGUGGCUCCAACACCCCAGCUGGUGAAUUCCUCUGAGAGAGAAGACUGUAAUAAUGACGAGCCCCCUAGGAAGAUAAUACCAGAGAAGAGUUCACUUAGACAGACUUACAGCAGUUGUGCCAGACUCUGCUUAAACCAGGAAACAGUAUGUCUAGCAAGCACUGCUAUGAAGACUGAAAAUUGCGUGGCCAAAGAGGAAGAAGGUUUGGGGUUUCAUUUGAAUGGAAAUGCUUGGGGAAUAUUCCGUACAAAACUUGCCAAUGGCACUUCCAGCAUGAUUGUGCCCAAGCAAAGAAAACUCUCUGCAAGCUAUGAGAAGGAGAAGGAGCUGUGUGUCAAAUAUUUUGAACAGUGGUCGGAGUCUGACCAGGUGGAGUUUGUGGAGCAUCUCAUCUCCCAGAUGUGUCACUAUCAGCACGGACACAUAAAUUCAUAUCUCAAACCCAUGUUACAAAGGGAUUUCAUCACUGCUUUGCCAGCUCGAGGAUUGGAUCACAUUGCUGAAAAUAUUCUGUCCUACCUUGAUGCCACAUCGCUCUGUGCUGCUGAACUGGUGUGCAAGGAAUGGUACCGGGUGACGUCAGAUGGCAUGUUGUGGAAGAAGCUGAUCGAGAGAAUGGUCAGGACUGAUUCACUUUGGAGGGGUCUGGCAGAACGGAGAGGAUGGGGACAGUAUUUAUUUAAAAACAAGCCUCCCGAUGGAACUGCCCCCCCGAACUCCUUCUACAGAGCACUUUAUCCUAAAAUUAUUCAGGACAUUGAGACCAUAGAAUCUAACUGGAGAUGUGGAAGACAUAGCUUACAGAGAAUUCAUUGCCGAAGUGAAACUAGCAAAGGAGUUUACUGUUUACAGUAUGAUGAUCAGAAGAUAGUAAGCGGAUUGAGAGACAAUACUAUCAAGAUCUGGGAUAAAAAUACAUUGGAAUGUAAGCGAAUUCUCACUGGACAUACAGGCUCUGUUCUUUGCCUUCAGUAUGAUGAGAGGGUCAUCAUAACUGGAUCUUCUGAUUCUACUGUCAGAGUGUGGGAUGUAAAUACAGGUGAAAUGUUAAACACUCUGAUUCACCACUGUGAAGCAGUACUCCACUUGCGUUUCAACAAUGGGAUGAUGGUUACUUGUUCCAAAGACCGCUCCAUUGCCGUCUGGGAUAUGGCCUCCCCUACCGACAUCACCCUCCGAAGAGUGCUCGUAGGGCACCGAGCUGCUGUCAAUGUGGUUGACUUUGAUGACAAGUAUAUCGUUUCUGCAUCAGGGGAUAGGACUAUAAAGGUAUGGAACACAAGUACCUGUGAGUUUGUGAGGACCUUAAACGGACACAAACGAGGCAUUGCCUGCCUGCAGUACAGAGAUAGGCUGGUAGUGAGUGGCUCAUCAGACAACACCAUCAGGUUAUGGGAUAUUGAAUGUGGAGCCUGUUUACGAGUGCUGGAAGGCCAUGAAGAGCUGGUGCGGUGUAUUCGCUUUGAUAACAAGAGGAUAGUGAGCGGGGCAUAUGAUGGAAAAAUUAAAGUGUGGGAUCUUGUGGCUGCCCUUGACCCCCGUGCCCCUGCAGGAACCCUGUGCCUGCGGACUCUCGUGGAACAUUCCGGAAGAGUUUUCCGACUCCAGUUUGAUGAAUUCCAAAUCGUCAGUAGUUCACACGAUGAUACGAUCCUCAUCUGGGACUUCCUAAAUGAUCCAGCAGCCCAAGCAGAAUCCACUCGCUCCCCUUCUAGAACAUACACCUAUGUCUCCAGAUAAAUAACACUACACUGUACCUCACACUUGCACAGGACUCAUUAAAGCUGCAGUAUUUAAUGUAUCUGCCAAUGCCAGGACAAACAACCUAUCCACUUAACCAGUACUUGCUGAGGAAAGAGGCUUUCAGACUCAUGUUUGGAACAAAGUUGGCAUGCGGUUGGCCCCAGGCGGCCCAGUCUGCACAGCUGACUGCUGAAGUGCUGCUAUCGGAAGAUGUCUUUUCAUGAAUGAUUGAAACUUUUAAACCUCAACCCCUGCUAUUCUUCCUCCUUUUCCCUGCUUUCCUACCCCACCUGGUUUUUCCCUCUGGCCCCAGACAUAAAUGACCUAUAAAUAUACUUAGUGUUUGACAGAAUUUCUGCUGCUUUGCACUUAAGCAGAAGAACUAACGCCACUGCACAGCCCAAUGGGAGAAGAAAGCCACUCCGAGACGGGGGUGGGGUGGGGGAGACUGCUGCUUCAAGACAGAACAAAAACCUAAAAACUGGUACUCUGCAAACGCUCCUGGGGCUCUGGUGGGUCUGGCCCACAUCUGUCCGUGAACUGCAACCUACAAGCCGAAGGCAAGGCGAACCCUGAGUGUGCAUUCGUGUGUGGAUGUGAACGUGUGAGAGGGAGAUGAUGUCUGUUUGUUUCUUCUGGGGGGGUUAUGGAGGUGGAACCAAGAUUUCUCUCUCUCUUUCCUCCUUAUUUUUCUGACCACUCUGUUAAAGGUGGUCGUUUGGUCGUGAGCCUCAGCGUGCCGGAGAUUGGUCAUCAGGAAAGGGCCAGAGUUAAGCAUCAUUCUGCCAAGUAUCUGCAAAGGGAAUCUCCAGAGCAUUGGUAGAAUGAGGAGGCUCUCAUAGGGGAGACUUCAAUGAAACUGGAGUGGGCUGCAGCCCCCUCGAUUGAACUACUUUUUGGGGAUCCAGCAGCCUCUCUGCUUCUGGAGGAGGCUCGGUGGAAGCAGCAGGUGGCAUUCCCUCUGAUCAAAGCUAAGGUUUGUAAUAAAAGGGAUUUUUCUCCUUCACCUUGAGCCUCAGCCUGUGAACUAAGGUUUGAAAAAUGGGAGCAGGGCUCACUUCUAGGUUGUUCUCCUUGUGUAUGCGAGCAUCAGAGAAGCAUUAUUUUUACUAUUACAGGGGAGAUGAGCAGUUAAGGGUGGAAAGAGGAGAGAUUUCAAGCCAGGAAAUCCAGAAUCUGUCUUGGGGGUGGGAGGGGAACUCUCCCCAACCUUGCCUUUCAGAACCAGUUUCCUUUUACAAGACCAUGGAUUUUCCCACAGGUGGGACUGCUGUAAAGAAGGACCCUGAAGCUGACACUUGGCAGGCGAGGUGAAUUCUGGGGGCUGCAGCUGUAUUUGUCUUACUUUUCCCCUCUCCCUCUGUCCCCCUUUCCCUCCACAGUCGUCCUCCUUCCUCCCCUUCCACCCCCUGCAGUGAAAUUUCUCAGGCGAUCAGUCCAUAAUGUAAAUUAAUCGCUCUCGGCUACGGCCAAGAUAACAUGGCUGGUUGGAAAGCAGCUGUGUGGGCUCACACAGUGCUUGUCUCUCAUGUGAGGUCUGUACAUUUGUAGCUCGGACUCUGGAAACGCACAGGUGUACGCUGUUAAUGUGUUUGUGGCUCGUUCUUGAGUGCUUCCCAGGGAAUGCGGAGACCUGUCUUAACUGAAUACCCACUACAAGUAGAACAUAUAAGGUCCUGUUGCCACAGCGUCCAUCCUCAAGUUCCUCUCGGAUGCCGAGCCGGUCGAUGGGGUGCCUGUUCUUUCCGUUUUUAACUACAGCUGUUGAACAAAAUAAAGUAGCUCUUCAGGCCACACUGGUGAUCUGCCUUCAAUUGAAGCCUAAAGCUGAGCCUGGAUUGGUUCACAGAGCCCAGGAGGGGAAACUGUUGAGGGGCUGUCAAGUCAGUAGAUGAUGUCAUCAGGUGUGGCCCCACCGGGGAAAGGAAAGUGGAACAAAAGAGAGUGUUGUUUAUAUUUUCUUUCUGGAUUAUCCCAUUUUUAGGAAGGGCUCUGGGUUGAUUAAGCUUUUGUGGUUUAAUAUCACUGUGUGUGUAUGUUUGAGACAGAAAGCUGCAUAUCCAGUAGAACCCACCCUACUCUGACCUUAUUCACCCUUUGAAUUCUAGGUUAUGCAAAGACAGCAUUCUCUGCCGCAAAUGAUCCCUUCAAAUGCUGCAGAAGUGAUUCCACAUUUUAUCUCUAAAGGUUUACUAGUGUUUGAGGUGCAUCCCAUUUUUGAGGGGGGUUGCUCAUUUUGUGCUCUAGAGAAGUCAGAUCAGAAAAACCUAGACGUCUGACUGAAAUAAGGAGUGUUGGAUGUUUAGUUGUUAGAGUGCUUUGUUCUCCAUUACUUUAGGGUCCCUGUCUGCUCUGUGCUGCUACCUGAAAAAUUGGUCUCACCACUCUUCGCAUCAGAGGUUUUCUCUGCUGCCUAGGUCCAUCUGUGUUUAGGCAUAACCCUCCCAGAACUGUUAGAAAGUUUGGCUUUUGUCUUGUUUGGUUGUGGGAAAGGAGUUUCUAAAAGUCUUAAUGAGGAUGAUAAUGAAAAGAUGAGGCAUUCUACAAGUGUUGCCUCUGCUGGUGAUGGAAGGGGAAAUGAAGUUAAGUGGUCUGAGAAACUUGAAGCACUCACAAAUCUGAGCUUUUGGAGUCAUUUACCAGUUCAUUGUAAGAGAAAUAAUCAGGUAAGUAGAAGUUCAUUUGAAGAGAAGGUAAGCCCCACUUAACCAUCUCUGCAUGAUUUCAAUAGGAAUUGAUUUUCACUAAUCCCCAACUGGGCUAGAAUAAACAGAGAGUUUGACCUUUGUGAGAAAAAAAAAGGGGGGGGGGGCGGUUGAAAGGGAGUGUAGAAAUGAUCUUCCUUACGUAAAGGAAUAAGAAGCAAAUAAGAGCUGCAGGCAUCUAACGGACUUUGAAUAUUGCACAAUUCUGUGGAAUGAAAUACCUCUGUAGUAGAGAUUAUCAGUUGCUUUUUAUGAAAGGAUUUGGCUUGUAUUCAUAAUAUCUUGGGCUUGGAAAUAUAAAAAGCUCUCCUGUGGAAGAUGGGCUGUUGAAGCUGGUACGAAGAGUGUGUGUGUGUAUAUGUGUGAGUGUGUGAGAGCGAGAGAGAGAGAGAAUGUGUGAUCUAGCUCAGACUCAAGACUUCUUGGACAAAGAUAGUGAGCCCACCUUGUUGCCAAUGUGCGUAUUUUUAAUGCUAAGACAAAUGUGUAAGCUGAUAAUGGGUAUGGGAAAAGGAGACUCUGUGCAAGUCUGUGGCCAGGUUCUUACUGGUGAACCCAAACGUCAAGACAGAGACUCUAUGGAAACUGAAUUAAAGUCUGUGAUCAUCAUAAACAUGAAAUGCUUAUAACAUGCUGAACUGGAUAAGAAUCCAGCACCUCCAAGUCACUCCAUGCUAAUCUGUUUGCAUCAGAAACAUUUUGUUUUGUUUUUUUCUUAUAUUUUAAUUUUGUACAAUCAGAAACUAGAGAGAACAUGCCAUUCUCUUCUCCUCCUCCUGGUUUCCUACUGGUCUGAACAAAGUUAUAGUUGUAAAUUUUCAGUUGUCGUCUGAUUGGGCCUAUAAGACAAGGAGGAAAAGGGGAAGGGAAAAUCUGAAAUUUCCAGGCAAAUUAUAUCCCAGCACGAACUGAAUUGGACUGAUUGGGUGUUGAUGGAUUUCACUUCAUAUGCACUUAGUGUAUUUAGAUGGAAUCUGAAAAAUUCGAAGGAGACCAUAUGCACCAGCAGCAUAAAUUUAGGGGUUCAUUUCACCCUUUUGGGUGUUGCAGUUGAUGUCUGAAGGUAUAUUGCCUGUGUGUGUGGGCACACAAAAGCACCCACACAUAUUUAGUGAAAUAGUCCAGGGUAAUUUUGGAGAACAACUUCUUCUAUUUUGACCCUUUGUCCACCAGGUAAAUGUAAAGACAUCUCAUUUCUCUCCCCUUGUUCUUAAAACAUUCCCAGAUCGGUAUUGCACUCUCCAUCUCUCCACACCCUCAGAGUUUGUGUCAAGUGGAAUGUCUUCAGGAGCUGAAGAUGAGUCAGAAUUUCCGAAGUAGUCACCUAGCAGCUUCUCAGUAAGAGUUGAACGAGUCCUUAAGUACACAGUGAUUUGUCUAGAACAUUUCACUAAGGAUUCAAGAACAUCCAUACAGCUCUCCUCACUCCCUUGCUUAUCACCCAGAGUCGGGGUGUGCUUUGGAGACGUUUCUAUCUGUUUUCCUCCAUAGGCUGUUCUAAAGAGAGCACGUUUGCUGAACUCAACAUACCUUCCCCCUACAGAUCCGAAGUUCCAUCUCUCCAUCAAAGUUCUCCCCGAAAUCAGCACGGUUGGAGACAACCUCUUUCUGGGAGGACAAAAUGAACUGUGCAUUCUCCGUUGCGUCUUCGUUUUUAGCUGACUUCCUGUUUCAGAGUCUCUGGUGCUGCUAAAGUCGGCAGAAAGAGCACAGUUGACUUCCAGAUACCAAGUAGAGCCCGCAGCCGUGGGAUGUAGAAACCACUCCAAUCCAUACCCUGAGCCCCGUCGAACUGGGCUUCCUAGAGAGAGGAGAUGUGCAAAGCCCCUUUCCUGACUAGAGCAGAGCUCUCAGCUGUUUUUGUUGGUAGAGAGCUUUUGUUCCUGUUCUGCUCGGGAGCAGAACUGUCAAGGUCAUUACAGCUCACCUGAUUACAUCCCCUCUGCACAACUCUCCACAUGCAGAAGAAAGGCAUGGCUAUUAGCGGGUGACAAGGCUGCGCAGUCUACCUGAGAAUAGGCCUGCAAAUGAAUAUAAUGCUUUUGCAUGAUGAUCUCCAAAUCCUUGCACACUCAGUAGUCCAACUCAGGCCGUGUUUCAGGGAUGUUCAGACGGAGUGGGGGCUGGGAAGAAGAGGAUGGAAGCCCAGAGGCAUGAGGUUUCCUUUGAGUUUUCAGUUUGUAGUUCUGCUAUAUUUGUUCUCUAGAUUCUUAAGUAAUGAGUGCUUUGAAUUUUGUGAUUAUGUUAUGGUGAUGUGUAGUUAAUGUACUAAUCUGUUCACUUGAGCUAGGAUCAUGGUAAUAUAGUGUGCGUGUGAUUUUUUUUUAAACUGUUCCGAAAAAUAACUUAAAUGACAAAUAUAAGGUUUAACUGUGAA